AAGAAAAGACUUAUGACAUUAGAUCAAACAGUGUACUUAGUUUCGUCACUACCUCUAGACUGCAGCUGCUGCAAAAACUGAAAACUGAAACUGGAAUGCUUUAUUUCUUCUUCUUUUUCCGUUGAGAAAACCAAAAUGACCAAUCAACGCUUGACUCCCACACUGGCACCCUUAAUAAACACUUAAUUCGAUUUUUCCCUAAUUCAAAUUUCAAAGUUGAAACUUCAAACCCAAAAAGAAGCCAAAAAGCAAAGCAGACUAGCAAAGGAAGCACUAGUCUCUGGUGUGGCUGUCAAUCAAGCUGUGGUGCCAAAUGGGCCCCCUAUAAACCCUUUCCCCCCUCACGGCUUUCAGGCGGCCACUGCUUCACUUUAUCCAUUUCUACCCCUCUUUCCCCCCUCUCUCAGAGACCAACAAAGCUUUUAAGCUUUGAAAGCUUUGACCUUUUCUUGUCAUUCUUGAUUCUGAUUCAUACAGACAUGGAGAAUAAGAUAGUUGAAGCUAAACAGCCUCCUGGGUAUGUUCAGUACAACCUUCUGGGUAAUCUUUUUCAGGUUUCUGACAAGUAUGUCCCUCCCAUCAGCCCAGUUGGCCGCGGCGCCUACGGUAUUGUUUGCUGCGCAACAAACUCUGAGACAAAAGAAGAGGUUGCAAUCAAGAAGAUUGGGAAUGCAUUUGACAAUAGGAUCGAUGCCAAGAGGACGCUCCGAGAGAUAAAGCUCCUUUCCCAUAUGGAUCAUGACAAUAUUGUCAAAAUUAAGGACAUCAUAAGGCCACCAGAUAAGGAGAACUUCAAUGAUGUUUACAUUGUGUAUGAAUUGAUGGAUACUGACCUGAAUCAGAUAAUAAGCUCCAGCCAGCCUUUGACUGAUGAUCACUGUCAGUACUUUCUGUAUCAGUUGCUGCGGGGAUUGAAGUACAUACACUCUGCACAUGUUUUGCACCGUGAUCUGAAACCAAGCAAUCUGCUUCUCAAUGCUAAUUGUGAUCUUAAGAUUUGUGACUUUGGGCUUGCAAGAACUACAUCAGAGACAGAUUUCAUGACAGAAUAUGUUGUCACUCGUUGGUAUCGAGCCCCAGAAUUACUACUCAACUGUUCUGAAUACACUGCAGCAAUAGAUAUUUGGUCAGUGGGAUGCAUUUUCAUGGAGAUUCUGAUAAGGGAACCGUUAUUUCCUGGUAAAGACUACGUACAGCAGUUGAGUCUCAUAACUGAGCUACUAGGUUCACCGGAAGAUUCAAACCUUGGCUUCCUGAGAAGUGAAAAUGCUAAGAAAUAUGUUAAGCAGCUCCCACAUGUCCCAAAGCAACCCUUUGCGCAGAAGUUCCCAAAUGUCUCACCAGUGGCAAUUGAUCUUGCAGAAAAAAUGCUAGUUUUUGAUCCAAGCAAACGUAUAACUGUUGAGGAAGCAUUGAAUCAUCCAUAUCUAUCGAGUCUUCAUGCGAUCAACGAGGAGCCCAUUUGCCCAUCUCCUUUCAUCUUUGAUUUUGAGCAGGCAUCCCUGGAUGAAGAAGACAUAAAGGAGCUCGUAUGGAGGGAGUCUCUGAACUUCAACCCAGAUAAUAUGCAGGAAUAAAUUUUGUUGAUUUGUAGUGGUUUUCUGUUGUUUCUUUGACCAUUAUCAACAGCAUCAUGCUUGUGUGAUUCCUUUAGUAAAUGUAUUUAUUAUAUAAGAGGAGAUUCUGAUUACGCCGGUCAGGAAUGAGUAGGGAGAUGGGUUCUCCCUCAUGUUGAGAAGAUGAAAGAGCAGUUCAACAAGAUUGGUAUAUUAUGCAGCUUUGCUUCUUUCAUUACAGUCGGAACAAUGACAAUGUAAACAGUUGAGGGUUGGUGUUGUGCAUAUAUCCCUCCGAGAAGGCUUUUUUCUCAUUUGCUUUUUGAAAUUUAAAAACGAAAAAUAAGAACUAUAGUUUCUUUUAUGAGUAUUGUCCUUGUAUAAUAUUGUAAGAUUCAUGUUAUCAAAAUCAAAUAAAAUUAGAUAAUUUUGUUGUGUUCUUUUCU